AUGGAACAUACAGGGGGAGGAUCACAGAAUGGGUGGAAUUGCAAGGAACGAAAUUACGAGAAUGGGCUGAUUUCUUGGUGGGUCAUCCUCAUGUAUCCUCUCAAACGCAAGGCGGAGGAGCAGAACGGCGGCGACUGCGCGCCGAGCGAAGAGGCGGAGGAAGUGCUGUUGAGCGCAGUGGCCUUUUUCAGCCCCGAGGGGGGUGGGCUGCAGGAAGGAGCGCUCAGCAGCAUCCGGGCAGAUGAAAACGCAGUGAAGCUUCUAAACGAGUUCACGCAAAGCGAAGAAGAUUGUCUAUUUGUAUUUAACGAAAAGGAUACCAUCAAAUUUUACGCAUCUAUUCUAGACUUACAAAAAAAAAAAAAAAAUGAAAAAUAUUUAAUCAUUUACAAAACGACACAAAGUAAAAAGCCACUCUUUCUCGAAAUGAACAAUGAUGCAGAAAAUGAAAUGAAAAAAAAGUUUAACAAUUUUUUGCUCAACUUGAGGAUUAUCUACGGAGAGUUACAGGAAAAAUUGACUUUGCCACUGUUGCCAUCUGGAGAGAAGGAAGUAGAGGAUGACGACAUCAACCACGUGGAAGAAUACUUAAUACACUUCGUCAAAUGCUACCACGUAAUUUUACGUAAUUUUGUAAACUACAAGAAGAACAAGUACGAAAACUGUGAAGAUUUUUUGAGUUGUUUGAAACAUAAAAAUGAAGACAUCAACUUUUUGUAUAGCGAAAUAGAGAAGGAGAAGUUCAAGCAGAUUGUACACACCAUUUUGGAAAGGAAGAAAAAUUCCAGCUAUAAGAACAUUAUCGAAAAUAUUAGGAGAGAAAUUGUGGAUCUCAAAAUGGAAGUGCUCGAUUUGUAUACACAUUUGAAGCCAGUUAUUCACUUUUUACAAAAAUUGGAAAAUAGCAGAGAAGAAAUUGAGAAUAAAAAUGUGUUGGUCGCUCCGAUUGUACAUGCAUUGUCUUUGUCAUUGAAUCGGUCUGAGUAUUUAAUUAAGAACUGCAAAUUUGUGUUUGAUUUCCUUUCCAGGGUGCUUAUAAAUUCUUGCAAGCAAAAUAUGAACACUCCAGAAAUUAUCAAUUCCAUUUACAACUGUGUGGAUGUGUUGAAGAGCAAGUUGUAUGGGACUUUGAAUUUUCUGCUGAAUUUUUUGUACCUCUUUAGGAUGUACCGUGAGAAGAAUGACAAGCUUCGUUCUUUGAGUGAAUCCUGCGGGUGGAGUACUCCAUCGAGGGAUGCACAGAAUGAUGAAACUGAGCAGGAGUGUGCCUACUUCCCCUCCGUCAGUCUGUACAUUUACAAAUUAAGGCUCCUAAUCGAAUACCUAAAAAUUUACCAAACGUACAUGAAGUUGGAAAAAAUUGAAAUUCCUGGUGACAAGGGAAAGGAGUUAACAGAAGAAAUUCAUACCAUUCUACGAGAGUUCAACUCCAUCAAUGAAAGCUUCCUAGAUAUUAACCACGAAAUAAUGAGUGACGAAGAAACGAUUUUUAUAAACAAGUACAACCACUUUGAGGACAAGGUAAAGGAACUAAAUAAGAGACUCAUUUGCGUUCUUCUUCACUCCUUUGACACUGAUUUGAAGAAAAACAUCAAACUGCUAAACUCCUUUUUAAUUUUGAGGGACCUACGACCCAUCGAGGUAGAGCUCAUUCGACAUGCCUCUCUUCUCUGUGAGGACCUCAAGAAGGAGUUCAUUUUGGUGGACAAUUUGUUCAUCAAAAAUAUGACCAUCGUGGCGCACAACAGGGCCGUUUUCCUGGAGCAGGCCCCAGAGCGCCGAGGGGAAGUUGGCAGGGUAAGCGGUGGUGGAAGUUCAGGCGCGGUUAUCGGUGGUGGAAGUUCCGCCGCGGUUAUCGGUGAUGGCAGUUCCGCCGCGGCUAUGGGUGGUGCCAGUUCCGCCGCGGAUAGUGGCAGGGCGGAGCUGAGCCAGCUGCACAUCGACCAGAACGCGCCCCUGUUCUGCGAAGUGGUGAACCUUUUCACGUCGCUGCUGAAGCGAAUCGAACAGCAGUACUUCCCGCUGCGAAAAAUUAUCAAAGUCCUCAACUUCAAAGAUGAGAAGACGGAAGAAAUAAACGCGCUGUACAGAAGCAUCACAACGAAGAUCAGCCAGUACAUAAGCAACAUGAGCAAGGAAUGGUUCACAGAAACGAUAGACGUUGUGAACACCUUCUUGAACGAACCUAUAUUUAAGCAAAAGGGAGAGUUAUUCUACGUGAAUUUCCAUCAACAUAUUUUCCUCUUCAUAUGCAACGUGAAAAAUUUAUACCUGAACAAUUUGACCGUCAAUGAGGAGUGCUUGAAAAUUUACAAUAGCACCAACCGGUUUAAGGAGUUCAUCCAUACGCUCAACAGCAUUACGAAAAAGUAUAACGAUAUUGUGUCUAAAACAUUGGGUGUACAGAAGGACCUCUUUCAUGAGAAACUAUGCAGUGUGAAGAACACGUUACUGAGAGGAGUGACUGAGUUGCGGUGGACACAGGAACAAAUAUUCGAGUACAUUCAAAUGGUGGAUAGAGAUAUGACAGAAAUAUUUAGUAACAUCUCUUCUGUACAUAGCAACUUAAUUUCUAUCCUAAGUGUGACGAACAGUUGGACAAGAAAACCAAUCCUGGAGAGGAGAAAGAAGCAUGAAGAUAUUUAUAACUACCUGAACAGUUAUAAGAACAAUAUGGCAUUGUUGAAGGGGAAGCUAAUGGACGAUUUUAAGAACAUUCACAUGAGCAUGAAACAAUCUUUUGAUCUUCUAAAGAUAAAGAAGAAUAACCCUAUGUGGAAAAAUUAUGUAAAGUUUGUAAACAGUAUAGUUACGGAUAGGGUCACCGAGUUAGUUAACUACCUCUUUUCAAAUCUGAACAGUAUUAUGAGAAAUGCGGAGAGAGAAAACGAACCAUUAUUCACCAUCAAAAUAAAUUUCGUAGAUCAUAAACUCAAUCUGGACUUAAAAUUAAAAUGUAAAAAAUCUCUAAGCAUUACAAACAUUUUCUACAAAUGGCUAGAUGAUUUUAUGAAUCUCUUUUCUGGUAUUAAAAGGAUUGAUAUAAAGAGUGGAGAUUACGUGAAUGAAAUUUUACUCAGCUUAAAGAUUAAUAGGAAUAAAAGUUGUCUUGAAAAAUAUUUCGAAUCCACCAUUGAUAGAUGUUAUGCGUAUAUAGAAAGUCUAAAAAAGUAUGAACACAUUUGCAAGAAGGACAUUAAGAAGGAGUUCCUCCAGUUUAAGACUCAAAAUGAAGUGUCUCUUUUCCCUACUUACUUUGAAUUCAACAAUAAUUUUCGGGACACGUUAACCCUGAUCAAUAUUAACAUUACACAUUUAUUCCCAAACGUAUUGGCAUAUAAGAAUUUGAUUUUGUCUUUGAAGAGCGAGUUGAGUAGCUUCCAUCAUUUGCGUAGUUAUCAGGUCAUAAACUUUGUGGCAUUUCACUCGGAGCUCUUUGUUGAAAAAUUGAUUAACUUUUCUCAGAAGGACAUUUCGAUGUAUAGUGAGUACUUGCAGGUGUUCGUGCGGGACGUGAUUUACGCCGUGAGUGCCUUUUACGAGGGGGUGUUGACAAACUUGAGGGCCGCGGGCGUGAGCGAGUUCUUCGGUCCGGGCAAGAAGGGGGCUCCACGUGCAGGCGGGGUGGAGGAGAUUAGCGGCGGGGUGGCUGAGAUCAGCGGCGGGAUGGCGGAGUUCAGCGGAGGGGUGACUUCUGCAGAUGGGGUGGCAGAGUUCAGCGGCGGGGUUGCUUCUGGAGGCGGGGUGACUUCUGCAGAUGGCACUGCCGCCAGCGGCGCGCCCGGCGGAAUAGCCCCCCUGGCGAAGAGCAAGAAGGACGCCUUCUACAACCUGAUGAGGAACCUGCGCAGCGUGAAGCUGAGUAGAAAAAUAAUCCCCCUGAUUUUUCAGAAAACAAGAGAAAUAAUGGAGACCCUCAGGGAGCUAGGCAUAACAGUGAAACACAACGAAGUGCUGGAAGAAAUCGAGCGAAACAAGGAGCGAGUCGAGAUACAGUACAACGAAAUAAAGGAGAAAAUUAUUAAGUACAAAAACGAGGAAAUUAAAAAUAUCAAAGUGGAGAUCAAGCUGUUUAAGGAUGAAUUGAAGAAGCUAAAGAGUGGCAUCUUGCAGAAUAUGCCUAAUGCUCCCAAGGACAUGCAGGGUAACCCUUAUGAGAAAAUUAACGAGUAUAGAAAAAGCUACCAAGUGUAUAGGGACAAGCAGAAGUAUCACAACGAGUUGGAGAUUCUAUUCGAGUUGGACAUCACGGUGUUUGAUGAGCUGAACGAGUUGGACAGCAAAUUGAAGGAGAUGAAAAAUUUGUGGGACGUUAUUAACAGCAUUGUAUUUUUCAUGGACGAGGAAAAGAGGAAGGUGUGGACAGACAUCGAUGUGAAUGGAAACAUAUAUCUAAUCGAUUUUGUUUCACAGUACUUGAGAAAGAACCUAUCCGAGCUGAAGACCAUGCCCGUGUAUGAACACAUCAUAAAGGAAUUGAAGAAGUUUUCUUCCAUCCUGCCGCUCCUCGUAGAUUUGAACAACGACUGCAUUUUCGAUCGCCACUGGAGCAUUAUUAUGAAUUUGUCGGGGAGCGUGGAGAGUGCUGCCGUGGUGGAGGGUGCUCACGUAGCGGACAGUGCUAACGUGGUGGAGGGUGCUAACAUAGUGGAGGGUGCUAACAUGGUGGAGAGUACUAACGUGGUGGAGAGUGCCAACAUGGUGGAGAGUGCUCCGAAGAAGCACCAGCAGGUAAAGUACAAAGAGAUGACGCUGCAGGGAUUCUUCGACCUGAAACUGUACAAGCACGUGGACGCAGUGCAUGAAGUGAUGGAGCAAGCCAAAAAGGAAAAAAAAAUUGAAAACAAAAUCAGAGAAAUCAGCCAAAUCUGGAGAAAAAUGAAUUUUGAGUUCUUGAAGAAAAACUCGUACAUUCAAAUAACCAACAUGGAUAUGAUACUCGAAAUUGUGGACGUGCAUACGUCCGAGAUCCUGUUCUUCAUAAAUCAGAAGAAAUAUAUUUUGUUCAUUCAGGAGACCAUUUUAAAGACACAGGAGAACUUGAAAAGAAUCGAUGAGGUGAUAAAUAUAUGGAGAAAAUUUUUGAACAAAUUUGAGAGGCUACAACCGAUUUAUCUCAACUCAGAAGAUAUUCAUUCGCAGCUCCCUCAGGAAAGUAGGAUGUUUUUCAACAUCGAACAUGAGUACAAGGAAAUAAUUCUCAACGCUUAUGAGCAUAAGAACGUGUUACAGAUUUGCCUGAACGAGGACUUAUUUUACGUGCUGACAAAAUUUUUUAAAAACAUCGAGUUGUGUGAAAAGGCCCUUAAUGACUACUUGGAUCAGAAGAAGAAGGCUUUUCCUCGGUUUUACUUUUUGUCCAACAUCGCCCUUUUGGAUAUCCUCAGCAAUGGGAAGAACCCCAUGAAGAUCCUUCCCUACGUCAACGAUGUGUUCAACGCGAUUAAGACGAUUGAGUUUGGGGGGGUGGCGGAAGUGACGGAAGUGAAGGAAGUGAAGGAAGCGGCGGGAGCGGUGGAAGUGACGGACGUGACGGACGUGGCGGACGCGGCUGGGGAGCCGCUACUCGGAGAGAAGACCCACCACGGUGGGGAGCGCCUGCAUGGUGCCUCCCCCCCUACGACGGAGUUCACCGCCAAAGGGGUGUACAGCAUCGAAAACGAACACCUGCAGUUCCCCACGGAGCUGGCGCUGAAGGGAAAUGUGGAGAAUUACCUCAAGGACCUGGAAACACACCUAAAGGUAACUAUUAGGAGCAUCCUGGAGAAGGCAAAAAUCUGCUCAGAAAAUUUAGACGAACAAAAUAGAGACGAGACGAUGAUAACGAACUUUAUCAGCCAAGUGGUAUGUACAUGCAAUCAAAUAGUUGUGACGGACGAAAUUAAUAAAUGCUUCGAUGAGCUGGAAAAUGGAAACGAGUCAGCAUUCGUCGAGUACAAGAAGAUACUAAUUGAGAGAAUAAACAAGCUAAUUAAGUUAGUGGAAAGGACGCAGGAUUGUAACAUCAGGACUAAGUUACUCUCCUUGAUCAUUUUGGACGUACACACGAGAGAUGUUAUUAUUUCUUUUAUAAAGAAAAAAAUUUCAGAUGGGACUUCCUUCGAUUGGCAAGCACAGCUAAAGUACUACUGGGUUUACGAUAAGAAGGAAAACAACUACACCUGCGAAAUAAAGCUGUGUGAUUUUAGGACCAAAUAUCUGUAUGAAUAUAUUGGGAACUCAGGAAAGUUGGUAAUUACUCCUUUGACGGAUAAGUGUUACAUAACCCUGACGCAGGCACUGAACCUGAUCCUUGGAGGAGCCCCCGCGGGUCCUGCAGGAACGGGGAAAACAGAAACGACCAAGGAUCUAUCCAAAGCCAUAGGUAUAGCUAUAUUUAUAUUCAACUGUAGCAAUCAAAUGAACUACUUUAACAUGUCUCAGAUUUGUAUCGGACUAUCUCAGACAGGUGCAUGGGGAUGCUUCGACGAAUUUAAUCGGAUAAGUAUAGAAGUGCUGUCUGUGGUUAGCACACAAAUUAAGUGUAUCUUUGAUGCAAUUAAAGAAAAAAAAACUAUGUUCCAUUUUAUCGAUGAUGAAAUUGUUUUGAAGAAGACAUGUGGAUUUUUCAUUACCAUGAAUCCAGGGUAUGCAGGGAGAACAGAGUUACCUGAAAACUUAAAAAAUUUGUUCAGGUCCUGUUCCAUGAUUGUACCUGAUAUCAAAUUUAUAUGUGAAAAUAUGUUAAUGUCUUUUGGGUUUAUUAAGGCAAAUAAACUAUCGUACAAAUUUGUGGAGCUGUAUCAGCUGUGCAAGGAACUACUCCGGAAGAAUAUUCACUACGAUUGGGGACUGCGUGCUGUUAAGGUGGUACUCAUUCAGGCUGGUAAUUUAAAAAGGAAGUACAGCAACUAUGAUGAAGAAGUUAUUCUGAUGAAGGCACUGAAAGAUUUUAAUAUCCCUAAAAUUACUCAUGAGGAUAUUCCCAUUUUUCUGGGGCUUGUGAAUGACCUUUUUCCGAAUGUGGACUGUGGGGAUGGGUUGUUCCAGGAGGAGGUUGGCGUGGAGGGGACGGACCCCCCCCACCCUGGGGAUGGCAUAGUGACACCUCCACACGGAGUGACAUCUCCUGAGGAGGUGGCCUCCCCGCAGGAAGUGACCUCCCCACACGAAGUGACACCUCCAUACGAAGUGAAACCUCCAUACGAAGUGAAACCUCCACACGAAGUGAAACCUCCACACGAAGUGACACCUCCAUACGAAGUGACCUCCCCACACGAAGUGGCUCCCCGCGCCGAGGGGGAGGCACACCGCGUUGUGAGCUUCGACGAGGCCAUACGAAGCAGCCUCCGGGACGCCAACCUCCAAAUGGAUGACAAUUUCAUCCUAAAGGUAAAGCAGCUCAAAGACUUGAUGGAUGUACGUCACUGCGUAUUCAUCUUAGGAGAAGACGGCUGUGGAAAGUCUAGCGUUAUUCAAAUAUUAUUAAGUACCCUGAACAGAAUCAACGAGAAAUGCUUGCAUGAGGUUAUUAACCCUAAGUCGAUCGAGUCGUACGAAUUGUAUGGCUACUUAAACAAAAACAACGAGUGGGUAGACGGUGCUCUGUCUUCCAUAAUGAGGAAAAUGUCGAGGAAUAUAUCUCCCUACAGUGAGAGCAUCAAACAUAAGGUCCUUCUGCUGGAUGGCAACAUCGAUGCGGAGUGGAUAGAAAGCAUGAACACUGUAAUGGAUGAUAACAAGGUGUUGACUCUGGUGAGCAAUGAACGCAUACCCUUCACCAAGGAAAUGCACCUGUUCUUUGAAAUUACUAACAUGAAGUAUGCCUCGCCCGCCACAGUCAGCAGAGGGGGGGUCCUCUACAUAAACAGAGGUGACAUAAGUUACAAGCUGUACAUAAGCUCUUGGAUCAACCUCCUAAAAAAUCACGUGGCCAAAACGGAGUUUUACUACCUAUUCAACAUAUUCUACGCGCAGAAUAUCGACAUGCUCAGGAAGCAGUGCAAGUUUGCCUUCGAGCUGUCCAACUUAGACAUUGUGAAAUCGAUCUGCAACUACAUCGAUUACUUCCUCGUUAAGUAUGACAAAUAUAUUAGCGAGGUCAUACGGAGCAUUGAGAAUCAUCAGGGGGAGGACGACGCGAUGGAGGAGAGGAAGGGGUCUCCCCCUCCCGCAGAAGGGGAAGCGAUCAGUCUGGGAAGUGCACCAAAGGGGGGAAACACACCCAACGGGGGGAACACACCAAAGGGGGGAAAUGCCAAGCCGGAAGAGCUCCACCCCACGAGGGAAGACCCACACAACGGAGAUGAAAAAAACGUGAUAAACAAAAUAAACUAUAACUAUGAAAUUUUGAAAGAUUACUAUAACAGCUUUUUCAUGAACUCAUACAUGUGGGUGCUGAACAACCUAAUCGUGGAGGACAAACUAAUGAACGCAAGGAAUGCACUCAACAAUAAUGUCAAGUCGAGUGUGAAAGUGAAGAUGGGGAGCGACUACUGCUGCAACUAUGCUUACAAUAUCUACGACAAUGAGUGGAAGCACCUGAGUGAAUACCUGGACAGCGACAUUUUGUUUUUGCAGAGGAUGCGCUGGAACUUUGGGCAGGAAGCGGAGGAGACGGGGGAAGCGGAGGAGAUGGGCGAAGCGGAGGAGAUGGGAGAAGCGGAGGAGGCGAUGGAAGCGGAGGAGAUGGGCGAAGCGGGGGAGAUGGGAGAAGCGGGGGAGACGGGAGAAGCGGAGAUGGGCGAAGAAGGCAAAGCGGGCCGCCCACGUGCCAAGCACAAGCACAAGAAAAAAAGCGAAAACAACUACAUCGAAAGCAUGCUGCCGCACAACUACGAUGAAUUGUACAUCAACACGAUCGAGCUGAUACGCACGGAGAAAAUGAUCAAGUAUUCACUACAUAGGAACCAGCCAAUCCUCGUCUAUGGAAGCAACGGAACGGGAAAGACCAAGUGCAUAAGGAACAACAUCAACAUGAAUAUAGAAAAAUUUACCCAUACGACGAUAAGCAUAAAUUAUUAUACAAACUCGUUUGUCCUUCAAAAGAUAAUCGAGAACAACGUGGAGAAAAGGAACACAAGGACAUAUGGGCCCCCGAAUCAGAAGAAGCACAUUUUUUUUUUGGAAGAUAUGAAUAUAACUGCUAAGGAUAACUGUGACACGCAACAGACGUUAGAGUUCCUAAGACAGUUAUUAACAUACAAGCUGAUAUAUGACAGGGAGAAUUUGGACGAGAAAAAAUUUAUCCACGACGUCCUCUUUAUAGGAACAGUAAAUAAUAAUGCAAAUAAACUUAUAGACAAAAGAAUCCAAAAUAAGUUUCACAUUAUUAACAUAGAAGAUAUUAACAUGAAGACAUUCAAUAAUGUGUAUAAAAUUAUACUAAAACAGCACUUGCUGAAGUUUGAUGACACAGUGAAGGGUCUACUUAACAGUAUAAUUUCGUUUUCCCACGACCUGUACAGUAGGGUUACGGAGAAUAUUGCCUUUAAUUUAUCGAACUCGGCUCCACACUACCUGUUCAACUUGAAUGAUAUUCAUAGGGCAUUUCACAAUAUCAUUAAGUGCACGAACCCUGAUUUGUAUAAUGGAGGGAGCUUCAAAUUUUUGAUGAUUUUUUUCCACGAGAUGCAGCAUGUGUACAUGAAUAAGCUGACGUCUAAUGAGCACAUCGAGAUUUUCACGCAGAUCUUCAACCGCCUCGUGCAGCAGCACUUUCCGUUUUGUUUGGAGGACUUGGGUCGCCACCGGGUCGCCUUCGACGGGGAGGUCAGCACGAAUAGCGCGAGUGGCGUGGCUAGCGGUAUGACUACCGUGACUAGCGGUAUGACUACCGUGACUAGCGUGACUAGCGGUAUGACUAGCGUGACUAGCGGCGAUGGGGACGCGCUCGCACCAAACGGGCUGAACGCAUCAAACGGGCUGAACGGCACUACUGCAUCUACCACCGCCUCUCCCAGCUCUGCUAACCUCCCGUACGACCCGCGCAAGAACAUAUUCACUUCGUUCAUUUCGGUGCGCAACGGGUUGGACAAAAUGUACCUGAGUGUGAAGAAAUUCCACGUGCUGAAGGAGGUGCUGGCAGAGAAACUGAGCGAGUACAACACCUCGCACGUGGAGCUUCCACUCGUCCUCUUCGACUACGCAGUUGUACAGAUAUGCAAGAUAUGUCGCAUCUUAGACUUUGACAUUUCUCACCUGAUGCUGAUCGGCUUUGGAGGAUCGGGUAAGCAGUCUCUAGUAAAACUGAGCAUCUUCAUAAAUGGUCUUAACCUGUUGCAGAUCUCUACGAACAACAACUACGACUUGAGCAAUUUCAAAGCAGACCUACAGGAGUUCCAUCUAAAAUGUGCUAUCAAGCCGGGCAACGUACACGUGCUGCUACUGAAGGAACAAAAUAUCCUCGACUCGUUCCUUCCGUACAUAAACGACUUAACCUCCACGGGGUUAUGUAACGAUUUGUUCACAAAGGAUGAAUACCUGGGAAUUUUCUCGUCCAUCCGAAACCAGAUAAAGUACCUAAACAUUGGAGAGAGCAACGAAGAUGUGUUUAAUUACUACAUAAGUAAAAUAAAAAAGAAUUUCAAAGUAGCAGUGACCCACUCUCCUAUUAGCAGUUUGUAUAGAGACCGUUUGACCAAGUUCCCCUCAUUCCUAUCGAAUUUUUCCUUCGUUUACUUUUUACCAUGGCCAUAUGAAGCACUUGUAAAUGUUUCAAACAAAUUUUUGAGUGACUUAGAAAUCGAGGAGGAGUUGAAGAAGAGCAUCUGUGAACACAUGGCCUACGUACACACGAGCACAAACGAGAUGAACAAAAUUUAUUUAGAGAAAAAGAAUCGACACAAUUAUGUCAUACCGAAGACUUUUUUAGAAUAUAUAUACUUCUACAAGAACCUGUUGCAUGUGAAGACUUACGAGAUUGAAAAGUCAGUGGAGAGACUGAACAAGGGGUUGUUAGCUCUGACGAGCACUAGAGAAAAUGUACAAGUGUUAAAAAAAGAAAUAGAAGUGAAAAUAAAAAAUAUAGAGGAGAAAAAAAUCGAAGUGAAUGAAAUUAUAAAAAAAGUGAAAGAAGCAACAGAGGUGACGAAUAAAGAGCAGCAGAUCGUAAAUGAGGAGAAAAAAAAAACAGAAAUAUUUACACGAGAAGCAAUUGAUAUUCAGGUAAAAGCAGAUAAAGAAUUGAGUGAAGCUUUACCCAUAAUGAAUAAAGCAAAGGAAGCUGUAAAUUGUAUUACCAAGUCAGCGAUUCAGGAAUUGAAGUCUCUACAGAACCCACCCAAGGAGUGUCUAGAUGUUACGCACGCUGUGUUAAUCGCCCUGAAGGAGAUAAAGAAUUAUUCGUGGAAAUUUGCCCAAAAAAUUAUGAAUAAUCCAAGUCAAUUUUUAUCUAAACUGCAAAAAUUUGAUGCAGAAAAUAUGGAAGAAGAAACCGUCCAUUUGUUGACCCCAUUUAUUGAGAAGAAAUUCUUCAACUACGAAAUGAUGAAAACGAAAUCUUCUGCAUGUGCCUAUUUGGCACUUUGGCUAGUCAAUAUUGUAAAAUAUAACGAAGUGUAUAAAAAGGUGAAGCCACUUAUGGAUAAAUUGCAAGAAGCCACGAACAAUAAAAACAGCGCACAAGAAAAAUUAAACCUCCUGGAAAAUAAGGUGAAGGAACUAACAGACAGUGUAGAAAAACUGAGGAACAAAAUGAAUGAAGUUAAUGAAGAGAAAAAUAAAAUCAUAAAAAUUUUUAGUGAAUCUAAGGACAAAUUAAAUCGAGCGGAAAAUCUCGUGAACAUGCUAUCGGAUGAGUAUAGUAGAUGGUCUGAUGAAAUUGCCAUAAUUAUUUCGAAUAAAAAAUACAUUUAUGGAGACUGUCUUCUCUUGUCUUCCUUCAUCACCUACUUGGGGGUCUUCUCUAGUUCCUUCCGAGUCAAAUUAUGGAAGAAUCUUUGGCUUGAACAAAUCAAGAAGAGUAACAUACUUAUAAGCGAAAUUACCUCCCCAAUUGAUAUCAUGGUGCAGGAUAUACAAAUAGCUACUUGGAAAAAUGAGAAGCUUCCUGAGGAUAGGAUAAGCAUAGAGAAUGCUCUCAUCGUAAGCACUUGCUAUCGGUGGCCUCUAUUAAUCGACCCACAGUUACAAGGACUGAAAUGGUUAAAAGCCAAAGGAGGAAAUAACAUCACAUGCCUCCAAUUUAAUAGUGACCAUUUUAUUGCAAAGGUAAAGAAUGUUAUCAUGAGGGGUGGGUACCUCAUCAUAGAAAAUGUCACAGAGGAGAUUGAUAACGUUAUCGAUGGGCUUCUCAAUAGGGAAUUCAUAAAGAGGGGAAAUGACACCUUUGUUAAGAUUGAUAAUGAGGAGAUGCAGUUUAACUAUCCCAAUGCGAUUAGCAGAGUUUCGAAGAUUAAGUCAUUCUAUGAGAGUGGCGCUGGAGGAGGGGGAGGUCGCGAUGGUGCCACUUCUGGGCGGGGAGAGCACAGCUCGGGUAGCUUCCACGAAGAUGGAGAGGUGGACAAUGAAAAUGACGAUGAAGACGCAGCGGAGUUGGAGCAGGAGGAGGAAGAAGAAGAAUCGCUACCCAGCAAGUCAACCCCCAGAAGGGGAAACAGGCAGAACGGUAGACAACACGGAGGUAGCAGCCGGCGUGGUAGAGAUAGCCCAACUCAGGAAAUGUCGAUGAUGAGGACCCCGAGGGAGAAACAGGAGGAUGAGAAAAAUUACGAAAAAAUGUCCAAUUCGAAGAGUAUGAGUAAAUCUCUUUCAAAUGGAAGCUUAAGAAAGGCUCCCUUUUUCAACCUCAUUCUGCAAACGAAGCUGAGUAAUCCACACUUCAAGCCGGAGGUGAACAGCCAAUGCACGCUGAUAAACUUUAGCGUUACCUGUGAGGGGUUGGAGGAACAAAUUUUAGCAAUCAUCGUUAAUAUAGAGAAACCAGAAUUGGAGAAACAGAAACAGAUACUCGUGAAGAACAGGAAUGAGUACAAAAUAGUUUUGAACAAAUUGGAGGACGAAAUUUUGUACCAGCUGUCCGCCGCAGACUCGACCACGAUCAUCGAUAAUAUUUCUCUCAUUAACAGUUUGAAGACGACUAAGGAUACAUCUAUCAGCAUACAGAAGCAAGUGGCCGAUUCGAUCACGACGGAGAAUGAGAUUAACAAAACUAGGGAGUUGUAUAGGACUCUGGCGAACGAGGCCUCCAUCGUGUACUUCAUCCUCAUCCUCAUGCACAACAUUAACUACAUGUAUCAGUACUCGCUGGACUCUUUUAUCAGCUUGCUGCUCAAGUCGAUCGAGGCCGUCCACGCGGGGGUGGGAAUGGGGAACAAAAUAGGGAGUCGUAUGGGAAGCGGCAUGGGAAGCGGUAUGGGAAGCGGCAUGGGGAGCGGUAUGGGAAGCGGUAUGGGAAGCGGCAUAGGAAGCGGAAUAGGGCGCGGAAUAGGGCGCGGACUAGGCCGUGGCGUGGGCAGCGCGGGGGAGGACGAGCUGGGAGACUCGAGGGGGUACUUCCGCGACGGCGUCGAACGGGAAGGAGGAGGAGCGGGCGCAGCGGACGAAGACGAGGCGGAAGAAGCAACUCGGAAGGGAGAAGAACAAAACGACCUGUGCGAUGAGCACAUGAACCAGCUAAUCAUUUCAUUCAGGAAAACGAUCUACUCAUGGAUCAACCGAGGGUUGCUGGAAGAGGACAAGCUGCUGUUCAAUUGUAUAUUUGUCUUCAAAUUGUUGGAAAAAAACAAAAUUCAUGACAAAGAUUUCAGCAUGGAUUAUUUGAACUUUUUUUUGAAGCCGCCCCGAAUGAAAGAAGCGAUUCAGAACCCGUUAAAGGAAUGGCUAGCUGAUGACUGCUGGAGAAAUGUAUGCGUGCUGUCAAAAUUCAAAGAGUUUGAAAGUUUAACCAACAAUAUACACAUAGAUGCACAGCACAAGUUCAAGCAGUGGUGCUCCGAAAUACAACCAGAGAUAUGCACCCUCCCCCUGGAAUGGAAAAAACUAAGUAAUAACUCUUUUAAAAAAUUACUUAUUAUAAGAUCGUUGAGACCGGACAGAGUAACAGUAACGUUGGAGAAGUACAUUCGAAACGUAUUGCCGAACAGUGAAGAAAUCAUGGAGAGGAAAAACUCCUUUGUGGACACACUAGAAUCAUCGUACAAUUUUAUGAUUAACUCUACCCCGAUUUUAUUUAUCCUAACCCCUGGGUCAGACUUUAUCAAAUAUGUAGAACAGCUAGGCAAGAAAAAUAAGUUCUUUCUGAACACUAAUUUGCACAUAGUCUCUUUGGGACAAGGACAGGAGACGAUUGCAUUGUCUAAACUGGAGCUAGCUCAUAAGGAAGGUCAUUGGAUAGUCCUCGAAAAUAUCCAUCUCAUGGCAAAGUUCAAUCUGGUUUUAGAAAAUGUGAUUGAUAAAUAUGCUGCGGAGGGUUCGCACCCGAAUUUUCGUCUCUUUUUAACAUCAGAGGUGACAAAAAAUAUCCCCAUAAGUAUUUUGGAGAGGUCGAUAAAAUUGACGAACGAAGCUCCAACAGGUUUUAAAGAAAAUUUGAAGAGGGCUUUUACCUUCUUUUCUUCGGAUGACUACGAAGAGAAGGACUUGCGAACAAAAAAUAUUUUAUUUUCCCUGUGCUAUUUCCAUUCAAUAAUUGUGGAGAGAGCCAAAUUUGGUGCUCAAGGGUUUAACAUAAAAUACCCCUUCAGUUUAAGUGACCUUCGAGACAGUGCAAAGGUUCUCUUCAAUUAUUUAGACAACCAAAAUUCUAUAAAGGUUCCUUGGAAUGACUUAAAAUAUAUUUUUGGAGAAAUAAUGUACGGUGGACAUAUCGUUAAUGAUAAAGAUAUGCUAGUGUGUAAGACUUAUUUGAACUACUAUAUGAAGGAGCAGUCCCUAGAGGGGAUGCAGCUGAUCCCCUUUUCUAAAAAUGUACAAAUAUUUAGUCCUAGUAACUAUGCAUAUGAUAAAAUUUUAAAAUAUAUCGAUACGCAAAUCGUCGCAGAGUCAUCCAUUUUGUAUGGCCUGAACCAGCAUGCAGAAAUGAGCUUCAGAACAAAUGAAAGUAUCAAACUGUUGACAAAUAUUUUUAAGUUAAAACUGCAAGAGAGUUCUACCUUCGUGGAGGAACUAACCCCUGGAGAGACUUUGGAAGUUCGCACUGCCAACAUCCUUUCGGAGAUAUUAAAUGAAAUCGAAAACGUACAUUUUAAUGUGGAUGAAUUGGUUAAGUCCAUUCCAGACGAUCAGAUCACACCUCUGCAGUACUUCCUCUUCCAAGAAUGUACAUUAAUGAAUUCACUCACAAAUAUUAUGAGAGAGUCCUUAAAGGAGCUACAUCUAGCCAUUAAAGGGGAAAUUAAUAUGAACAUAAAAAUGGAAUCAUUGAUGGAUUCUGUGUACAAAGAUCAGCUACCAGAGUUGUGGAAGAAUAACUCCUACUCGAGUAACAGAAACUUGUGUUCGUGGAUUGCCAACCUGAAGGAACGGAUCAGCUUCCUCUCCGAUUGGUUCAACGACCCGUUGGUGACUCCCAAAGUUUUUAACGUCUCCCUUUUGUUCAACCCUAAUAGCUUCUUCAGUGCAAUAAAACAAAUUCUCUCUAGAAAUGAGAAAUGCGAAUUGGACAAAAUUAUUAUGCAAAUUGAGGUCACAAAUAAAUCUUUGAAUAAUAUUCACUCCUACCCUAAGGAGGGCGCUUACAUUUAUGGCCUCUAUCUCGAUGGCGCUAACUACGAUAUUGAGAAGAACACCCUCUGCGACUCGAGCUCCAAGCAGAAGUACUUCCUCAUGCCCGUUAUUCACUGCAAGCCGGUCGUCAGCAUGGGGAAGGUGGAAACGGACGUAUACGAGUGCCCCGUUUAUAAGACCGUCUCCAGGGGGCCCACCUACGUCACCAAUAUUAAGCUCAAGACGAAGGAGAACCAGGAGAAGUGGGUGCUCGCCGGCGUUGCGCUCAUCCUGGAUAUCGCCGACGAUUGA